GUGAGCCAAAGUUGAUGUGUAUUCUGAAUGUUGUCUUUAAUAUGCAAACCUGUAGAAUUGCCAACUUCUUAAUUGGUUCUUUUUCAGGAUGGAAAACUUAAUGCACCAGUAAGGAAGGGUUUGAAAACUUCACAGAAAUUCUACUGCUGUCCUAUUGAAGGCUGCCCUAGAGGACCAAACAGACCAUUUUCCCAAUUUUCUCUUGUAAAACAGCACUUUAUGAAAAUGCAUGCUGAAAAGAAGCACAAAUGUGAUAAAUGUAGUAACUCCUAUGGUACAGAAUGGUAUUUGAAACGGCAUAUAGAGGUCUGUGGCAAGACUUUCCAGUGUACUUGUGGGUGCCCUUAUGCCAGCAGAACAGCAUUACUGUCUCAUAUUUACAGAACUGGCCAUGAAAUUCCUGCAGAACACAGGGAUCCUCCUAGUAAGAAAAGGAAAAUGGAAACCUCUGUCCAUAAUCAGCAGUUGGCAGAGAAAGCAAAUGAAGCAUUCAUCAAUACACACAAUAAUAAUCCUGGCACUCAGGAAUUGGAGUCCUCUGAAGUGAAACUAGUGGCCUCUCUUGAAGGCUCCUGCAGUUCUAACUUCACGAACCAAAUGCAGCCAAAAUGUACUCCGAAGAUGCUUUUACCAAAGCCCAAGGUGGCUUUGGUUAAGCUUCCAGUGAUGCAGCUUGCUCACUUGCCUAUAUAUGUAUCUGCAACAGACUCUUCUGUCAAACCUGCUGUAGUGGCUGUUGAUAAUCAAGGUUCAGUUCUAAGUACUGUUCAUUUAUUGCCUCAAUCUAUAGGAAUUCUGAUUCCAGCACUGGAGGCAGAAACACUUCUAUUUAAAGAUAGUAUGCCUGUUUCAAAAGUGACAAAUUCCGGUGAUCACGAACCAGUAAGUACUGGUGUACAAGUUGAGUUGGAUACGGUUGCAUCAAAUAACACAGGGCAAGAGCUGGGGAAUGUUUGUCACAAGAAUAAAAUUUCUUCAAUAAAUAUACAGACUGACUUAUCUUAUAUUUCACAGAACUUUGUACCGGCUGCAGCCUGGACUCCCAAUUCUUCUGUAUCCUCUUGCUCUCAGACAGAUCUGUCAUUCAGUUCACAGGUUUCGUUACCUAUCAGUGUGCAAACACAGACGCUGCUGCCUGCUUCCAGACUGACUUCAUCCAUAGCUGCUCAGACUGAUGCUUUUAGUCAGGUUUGUUUUCCAGCAUGCAGCAUUUCUAGAGAGACUCAAACCAGUAGGACACAGGACUCUAUUGAUGGAAGAGUGCAAAUGGACCAGGCUGUAAUGUGCAGUGACAUCUUUGACAACGUUCAUUCAUCAUAUAAUGUUUCUACUCACAUUCAACUUCCAGAAAACAAUUUAAUGCCUGCAAAUAUAGAUCAAACCUUGCUGCAAAGGAGUAAUGGCAAGGGCCUGAAUCAAGAUACGGUCAAGUCUGAAUCCCUUAUCAGCUUCAACACACAGACUAAUAUACUUCCACCUCAAAAUACGACGGAUAAUCAAACCCAGACAAUGGACCUACUAAGUGAUUUGGAAAACAUCUUUUCAGGAAACAUGUCUGGCCAGACACUGGAUAAUCGUGGCCUUUUGUCUGAGACAAGUUCUAAUGCUGACACACAUCUGCCAUCUGGUCCAUCACAGAGCACAGGAAUAGACUUUGACAUUGAAGAGUUCUUUUCAGCAUCCAAUAUCCAAACUCAGACUGAAGAGAGUGAGCUUGGUACCCUAAACUCUGAGCCAGUUUUGGAGUCACUGGACAUUGAAACUCAGACUGAUUUCUUAUUUUCAGAUAGUGCCACUCAAUCAUAUAGCUGCCGAGGAAAUUCUAACUUCCUAGGUUUGGAGAUGUUUGAUACACAGACACAAACAGACUUGAAUUUCUUUUUGGACAGUAAUACCCAUCUGCCUUUAGGAAGUAUUCUGAAGCAGUCUAGUUUCUCCAUGAGUACUGACUCCUCUGAUACAGAAACGCAGACGGAAGUAUAUCCGGCUACUAAAAAUAUACCUACUCAGAAUAUUGAAAGCAAAGUCCAGCUCAGUAGUGCUGAAACACAGACUAUGGAUAGCUGCUUUGAGAAUCUAGGGAGUUUAUUCCUUACCAGCAAUGAGACACAGACAGCAAUGGAUGACUUUCUUCUGGCUGACUUAGCCUGGAAUACAAUGGAGUCCCAGUUCAGUUCAGUAGAAACACAGACCUGUGAAGAGCUGUGCUCCUUGUUUCAGAGCUCUGACAAGCCCAGCCAUUGAGUACUACAUAACAUAACUGUUUUCUGUGGUCUGAAAUUAAGUUAUUGGGGUGAGAGAGAUGGCUUGACCAAGUUAUCCACUUUGCUUUGUUGAAUGUAAUUAUCGUGAGCAGUCAGCCUAAGAGACUUUUCGUGCUGAAGGUACUCUACUCAGUAUGUAACACUACAUAAGCUAUGUGUGUAUAAAUGGUGGGGAAGGGGGGCCUGUAACAUGUUAAUGUGCAUUUGAACCUUAAAAAAAAAAAUUGUGGUGCCUAUGUUUUUUCCUCAAACUUCUUUACAAAGCUGAUACUGCUUUCGUUGAAACAGAAGAACUUUUAAAAUUGUUCUAUAUAUAUAUCUCUCUAUCUAUCUAUUCCUGGCUUACGUAUGGGGUUCCAAUGUGCUGGACCAAAACCCUGACCUGUCCAAUUCAGAUGCUUCCCUGAACUUACGGGGGAGGAUUCUAUUAGUGUAAGCUACUUCUGUUUACUUUUUUUAGUAGCUUGUAUUUUAAAUCCAGCAUGAACAUAAUAAGCCGUAUUGUCUUCUUUUACUUUAUGCCUUUACAGCUCUUUCUCCUUCAUAAGUUGGUAUUUUCCAAAUACCAGUCCAACACACUAGACACAUAUAGACUCUUGAAUUGUUGAAUAUAUUUAUUAUUUAAAAUAUGUGGAAAGCAGUACUUUAUUUUUUUCCCUGAGAGGCACUGGUGCCCUUUUAAGAGUAAGAAGAGAACUUGGAAUACAUAAUUAUAGGGAAAAUUAGUAUGUCAUCCUUUUAGCUAGUGUAAUGAAUGGGACUAACAUUUUUAGAGUCUUCAGGGGGGAUUUACUUAAAUUAUUUCUGUCUGUAAGAUGCAAAUGUUACAAUGUGUGUGCCUCAAAGACUGGAAUAAUUUCACUGAAAUUCUCCUAGCUUUAUUAAGAUAUAAGUUGAGAAAUGUUACAGUGGUUUAUACCUCUAUUACCUUAACAGAAAUCUUUAGAAAUGGAAAAUUAAAUUCUCUAAAAUGCUCACUCGUCUAGACUCAUGGUUUUGGACUUUCUGCUUCCAAAAACAAUUGGAAUCUGUACAACAGAGCUGGGAAAUCAGCUCACAGAAGCCCUUUCAGAACAGCUGUAUCUUGCUUUUGCACAUUGAUCUGCAGCCUUCAGUUCCUGCAGCUUUUAGAUAGUUUUUCUGAGUAUAGUGAAAUUCAAACUGAUUUUUCAGAGAAGAAACAUGGGACCUAUUGGAAUUUUUUUUAAUGUUCAU